GGUUAUACUUAGCUCUGAACCACACUACUUUCCUGUCUACGUUUCAUUUCCUGGGGUCUUGCCAAGUGAUAAACAGACCCAGGCAUGUGGUAGAUUUGGGGUUUUUCAGCAUGAAUAGGGUGGCUGGAGUUUGCUUCGUUAAAAGCAUCAAUUGGCUCCUGCGAUCAUUAUGGAAAUGCUGAUGUAAGGCCUUCGGGAAACGAUGGAGAAGAGAUGGACAUACUGUGCUGUCUACUCCAUCAUCCAGAUACAUCUUAUCAGGGGGGUAUGGGAAGAAAGGUUCAAUGAAGACAUUUAUGCUUUACCUGGCUCUGAUGUCAACCUGACCUGCCAAAUACGGAAGAAAGGCUUCUUGGUGCAGAUGCAAUGGUCCAAGGUCACUGAUAAUUUGGACCUGAUUGCCCUUUAUCAUCCCCAGUAUGGCUCCUACUGUGCCAAUGAGAGUUCUUGUGAGUCACUGGUGACUUCCAGAGAAAUUCCCGGGAAUGUGUUGAAGUGGACUUUGCACUUAAGGAACAUGUCCUCCUCACUCACUGGGAAGUACGAAUGUAGCUUUACUCUGUAUCCAGAGGGCAUCUGGACUAAAAUCUACAACCUACUCAUCCAGACAAAUGUUGCGCAGGAUGAAUGGAGAAGCAACCAUACAAUGGAAAUAGAGAUAAAUCGAACUCUAGAAAUACCAUGCUUUCAAAACAUCUCCUCGGAAAUCUCGUCUGAGUUCACCUUUGCAUGGUUGGUGGAGGAUAAUGGCACUCAGGAAACACUUAUCACCCAAGAUCACCCCAUCAGCAAUUCCAUGUUAUUUAAAGACAGAGUCAGGCUAGGUACAGACCAUGGACUCCACCUCUCUCCAGUCCAAAUCCACGACGACCACCGGAAGUUCUCUUGCCACAUUGUGGUCAGGCCUGGCAAAAUCUUGAGGAGCUCCACCACGGUCAAGGUUUUUGCUAAGCCAGAAAUCCCCAUGAUUGUGGAAAACAACUCCAUGGAUGUCUUGGGAGAGAGAACAUUUACCUGCUCACUGAGGAAUGUAUUUCCCACAGCAAAUCUCACAUGGUUUAUAGAUGGAACCUUUCCUCAAGAUGAAAGAGAAGAAAUAUACAUCACUAAUGAGGAGAUAAAAGGCAAAGGAGGAUUUUUGGAACUGAAGUCUGUUUUGACAAUGGUGUAUGGUGAUAAACCAGCCCAAAUGAACAACCUGAGCAUCUGGUGUAGGGCUCUGUCUCCAGGCCCUGGAAAUCAAGUGUGGAACAUCUCGUCUGAAAAGAUCCCUUUUUCCUUGGGCUCAGUGACCCCUCCGACAGAUCGCCCACUCCAUCUUACAAAAUCUACCCUUGGCACCCAACCUUCUCCAGCCAACAGUGCAUCUCCUACAAGAUAUCCAGCUACGUCUUCAAUAGCCCUUGUAGAUGAGAGUUCGUCGGCUCCAAACACGAGCCCACAAGCCAGCAAUUCCAAUGUGACUACCCAAAGCUUCAACUACUCCUGGGCCUCCAGUGAGAAAGACCCGAAAAACCCAGCUUCCUGGAUGCCCAGUGAAAUGUACACUUCAUCCCCCUUAGGGGAAGGCUCAACACUUCCUGGUGAUGUCGUCAUCAGCUCAACCAGAGCAUUUUCAGAAGUUCCCCAAACUGCCAAUGUGUCUACUAAAAAUAAUGACAUCCAUAUCACUGGAAUUGUGGUUAACAAGCCCAAAGAUGAGAUGUCCUGGCCAGUGAUUAUAGCCGCUUUGCUUGCUUCCUGCAUGGUAGUGUUUGGUCUUGGAGUGAGAAAGUGGUGUCAAUACCAAAAAGAAAUCAUGGAAAGACCCCCACCUUUCAAGCCACCGCCACCUCCUAUCAAGUACAUUUGCAUUCAAGAGUCCAUUGGAAGUGAUCUGCCUUGUCAUGAGAUGGAUACACUCUAGUCCUUUGCGACUUUGCCAUACAGCAAGACUCUGCUAGAAUCCUAUUGAGAAGGUAGCUAUGGUACUGUAUUAAUAUAAUCGCCCUCUAGCCAAGCCUCUACUGCAGCAGAAAUGAGUGUCAGAAUUGAAUGACCUGUAUUCCCAGCAACUCGCCCUCUUUCAUCAGCAUAUGCUUGAAAUUUAAACAAGAGUGGGCAGAUGUGUCAUGCUCACACCCAGUGCAAUCUGUAGGGAUUUUCUUGCUUAUGUAAGAAGUACAAAUUAGGCUGCUGUCAUUAAAAAAAUACUUGCAGUGUUUUUAUUUUUCAUUUUAAUUCUCUGAUUGAGGUGAUGACAAUGAUUUCAAGCACAUGUCCACGCCAGAUCCUCUUCUCUUUGGGCAUCUGCCAACGUUCUAAACUAUUUGCCAAAAUUAUGAUAAUCUCUGAGGUUUAUUGCAUUCCCUAGGAAAAUUACAAGAAGAUGAAAAUGCAAAAGUCCUAGCAAGAGUUCCAAAUAAUGGGAAAAUGCAAUUAGUCUUCCAACUGAAAUUCUGUUGUUUGUUUUCACCGGAGGAAAACAGAGUACCUUGCACAAGAACCCUGGUUCCAAUUCUCCUUCACUCUCCCUCCCAUGUUCACCCAGGCUCUUCCCCCAUGGGAUGAGGAGGGAUCAGAGGUGACUAGCUAACAACCAAGUAGCCUAGUAGAUAGAACUCUGCACUGGCCUCUAAAGUUAUAUGAGCUAAGAGUAGUUUCAUUCUCAGCUUUACCUUUGUGCACACGUGUGUGUGUGUGCAUGAGUGUGCACAUGUGCAUGCAUGCAUCAAACUAUUACCAAGCUGUUAUAUAAGCAAACAGGCAGCCUCACCCCAAUCAAACUCAUUUAAUUCCCAUUCUUCUCUUUUUCACCUGGGGACUUUCCUGUUCCUUCAGUCUGCCUAUUUUGAAACAGAUAAAGAGCCUCAAAUCAGACUAGUGUUGAUGAAUUAAUCCUGCUCCUACUAAUGUUUUACAAACCAGUUCAAACAGAGCAUGUAGGUGAUGGAGAAGAAACCUAGUCAGCCAGCCCUGCUCUGUUUUCAGCAAUAGUUCAUAAGUGAAUAAAUUACUGAUACCCCUUGUGGCCUCAGCCUCCCCACACCCCUGCCUUAAAAAGGAAGAACAGAUGUUGCUGACAGGUAUGAUAGGCAAAUUCUGUGUGCACUUUAGUCUCAAAAGGAACCUUUAGUUCAUUUGCACUGUACUUAUUCCUGACUACACAUGAGAAUAACUUGGAGAGUUUUUUUUAAACACCCUGGCUGUCCCACUCUAGGCCAAUUAAAUCAGAAUCUCUGUGGAGUGAGGCCCAGGCAUCAGCUCUCCGCAAUGAUUCAAGUGUUCCACCAAAGUUGAGAACUGCUGAAUCAGUGGGAGUCCCUUCUUAUUGAUCAGAAUCUUGGCACCGAAGUGCUUAACUCUUGUGGUGCCCAGCCUCCAAGAUGGCCCCCAUGAUUCUUGCCUUCUGCUAUUCACACCCUUAUAUAGUCCCCUCCAACACUACAUACAGCUGACUUGUGUAACUGGCCAGGACUAGGGUAAAGCAAGUGAGGCACCGAGGGUGUAAAAUUUAAGCAGAUAUUCACACUCAGCGUCAUGCAUUUGCAUAAUCUUGAGAGUGAAUACCAGUCCCAGGCCUGGUAUAACCAAUAAGAUACUGCAGAAAUGACCUGAGUGUGACUUCCAAGGCUAGGUCAUAAAAUACAUUGUAGCUUCUGCCUUGAUCUCUCUUUGGUCAUUCGCUUUGGAGGGAAGCCAGUUGCCAUGCUGUGAGGACACUCAAUCAAGACUAUUGAGAGCUCAUCCUGUCCAGGAACUGAGGCAUCAGCUAGCCAGCCAUGUGAGUGAGCCAUCGUGAAGCAUAUCCUCCAGCCUCCAAUCAAGUCUUCAGAUAACUGCAACCUCAGUUGAUCUUUACACUGGGACCUCAUGAAAGCCAGAACCACCCAGCUAAGCCUCUUCUGAAAUCCUGACCCACAGACACUGUGUGAGAUAAGAAAUACUUAUUGUUUCACACUGCUGAGUUGGGGUAUAAUUUGUUACAUAGUAAUAGAUAACUAGUACAGCUCAAUAAA